GCAACCGGAGAGUUCACUUCCUGUUUCUACGGACGUGUUGACAUCCGCCUCUCACAGGCAAAUACGUGUGUCAGACCGGACUUUUGAAGUAUUUUUUGAGCCGUCUGUGUUGACAGAUGUGAGUGGGAGCUGAAAAGGAUUUCUUUUGCCGAGAACGAGGAGCGGGCUGCAGGAGCUGAGCAGCCGGACAGGAGAGCUGAUGGCUGGGCUGCUGUUGCUUUUUGCCGGAGGGCUGCUGGAGGUGUGCAGCGGCGUCUCCGCAAACAGAGGAGGUUAUUCUUCCUUUACGGACGAAAUUCCUUUUAAAAUCACCUGGCCAGGCGCUGAAUUAACUCUGCCGACCUCAGGUGCACUUUACAGCGAAGAUGACUUUGUCAUAAUGACAACAACAGAAAAAGAGAAAUAUAAAUGUCUGCUGCCAUCGCUGACAUCCGGAGAUGAGGACGAUAAGAAGCGGUACACAGGACCCAGUCCAAGUGAGCUGCUGGAUCCACUGUUCAGGCGCAGCAGCUGCUCCUACAGGAUUGAGUCCUAUUGGACGUAUGAAGUGUGCCACGGGAAGCACGUGAGGCAGUUUCAUGAAGAGAAGGAGACUGGUCAGAAAAUUAAUGUUCAGGAGUAUUUCCUGGGAAAUAUGGCACAGGGGAGGCAGUCAGCAGAUACUGGUGCCCACUAAGAACAUCGAAGGCCAGCUGACCCCGUACUACUCGGUGGAGAUGGGCAACGGGACCCCGUGCGUGCUGAAGCAGAACGAGCCGCGCUCCACCUCCGUCCUGUACGUCUGUCACCCGGAGGCCAAGCACGAGGUCUUGUCUGUCGCUGAGGUCACCACGUGUGAAUACGAGGUGGUGGUGCUGACGCCGCUGCUCUGCGCGCACCCGAAGUACAGGUUUAAGUCGUCUCCGGUGAACGCCAUCUUCUGCCAGGCCCUGGAGGGCUCCCCUCUGCAGCCUCAGCGUCUCACCCAGUUGGAUAAGGAGCAGGAGGAGCAGCUCAAACCGCCGUUCAGCGCCGACACCAGAGAGGAGGACACGUCACCAGUCAGAGAGGAGGCCUUCACCUCCACUCACAAACCUAUGAGUGUCGGAGGGCAGGUUCAGGUCACCGUCGGGACCACUCACAUCUCCCGUUUGACAGACGACCAGCUGAUCCAGGAGUUCCUCAGCGGCUCAUACUGUCUGCACGGGGGUGUAGGAUGGUGGAAAUAUGAAUUCUGCUAUGGAAAACAUGUCCAUCAGUACCACGAGGACAAAGAGCAUGGAAAGAACAUAGUGGUGGUGGGGAACUGGAAUGCAGACGAGCACAUCGACUGGGCCAAGAACAACGUCGCCCGAUCUCUGCAUCUCAAAGAUAACGGGGUUCAGAAAGUCAAGUGGGUUUCCCACUUCUACGGUCACGGCGAUGUGUGCGAUUUGACAGGGAAGCCCAGACAAGUCAUUGUCAAGCUCAAGUGUAAAGAGUCUGAGUCUCCACAUGCUGUCACCGUCUACAUGCUGGAGCCUCAAACCUGUCAGUACAUCCUCGGGGUUGAGUCUCCGGUGAUAUGCCGAGUUCUGGACACAGCUGAUGAGAACGGACUUUUGUCACUCUCCAGUUAGGCUGAGAUCCUGUGACGGCGGCGGUGCAUGAAGGACAAUGGGACACUUUUAAAACGGAAGAAGACUCUCCUGUGAGGCUGUGCCGGAUGCCAAAACUGAGUUUAAACCUGAUCCUGAGGCUGGACUUCAUGUAGCCGAGGAAUAGAACCGGUGAUACAACGGUCAACCCCAACAGACAAGAAAAGAACGAAAAGGGGGCGAAUCCAACAAAACAUCCUUUUUUUCUUUGCUUGAACUUUGUAAGGAUGAUUCUUCAAAAAAAUMAUUCAUUGCAAGAGAAUCAGUAAUCACCAACUCUGUUCAUUGGGGUUUUAUUGUCUCCUAAGGUUUGCAUAGUGAGUUUAUGAGAGUGGAUGGUGUAAAAUGAGCUACUUGACUCCUAAGUAGGAGGGAAAAAAAGCAAAUGCUCUGCAGCAUAGUGUGUGCUGUCAGUUUACGGGAUGAAUGUGUGUAACUUAUGAAUGAGAGACUGCUAUGGAACAACAAGAGUAAGUGUUUUAAUGAAUUUCCGAUGUUCGUGGGAUGUACAGGAUGUUUAUGUUCAUUUAAGAGGUUUUCUGUAAUUUUAUGAAUAGUUGCACUCUGGGAACUUCAUUUCUGCUGUGUGAUGGUAAAAACUAAUGAAUUUUCUUCAAAGAAUAAAAAGAAAAAUUGAUUUGUAACGCUGCACAAAGUUAAGUUCAAUGAAAGUUAAGGACAUUGUGGAAUCAAAUUGCACUGCACUGUAGCUCUUGGAUGAUUUAAGACCACUAGAUGGAGCCAAUUUGGUAACAUUUUCGCUCAAAACCUUUUUUUUUCUGUGACAUGUUGGUUGCUCUCACGUUCUUCAGAGGUACACAGGAGAUUGGAAGCACUGUCAGAUAUCCCUGCUAGCAUGCUAGCUACAGUCGGUGCUAAUUAAGGUUAAAACGAGGGCUGUGUGUUUUCUUCUUAACAAAAUCCUUUUGUUACCUUAUUCAUAAUUAAACAUUCUGCAAAACAAAAAAAAA